GCCUACUUGCUAAAGCACGGGGGCAAAGCCACUAACGGAGGCGCUGCACUGAAGAGUCGGAAGAGAGAUGCCGAUGGAAGGUGAGCCAAGUGGUCUUAUCAGAAUCACCCAGCUUUUUCUCCUCUCUGCAGCCUGGGGAAUGCAGAUAUGGGUAACCUUCAUCGCAGGUUUUGUUCUUUUCCGAACUGUGAGCCGGCACACCUUUGAUCUUGUACAGAGCAAAUUGUUUCCCUUCUAUUUCUACACCUUACUUGGCUGCACGUUCCUUAAUCUUGCCAUAUUUGCUGCAUACCAUCCACGGGAACUUCUCAGCACCAGAGAAACUGUUCAGAUCACACUCUUCUUUAUUUGCCUCAUUUUGGUUGCCACUAAUGCCUCCUGGUUCUCGCAAGUCACCACCAAGACCAUGCUUAAGUUGCAAGAGAUUGAAAAGGAGCAUGGGCUCGGACAGGAAGUGGGAAAUUCAGGUCAGCGAGAGGCUUACCAACUUCUGAAGGAGAAAGACAGCAAAUAUCGGCACCUGCGCCAGAAGUUCUUUAAGUUUCAUGGCUUGUCUUCUCUCUGCAAUCUGGCUUGUGUUAUCUGCACCGGAGUGAACUUGGCGUUCAUUGCCUUACAAUUGGAGAGCCUGUAAACUCUCCACUGCUCUAACUGGUUCCCAUGGUUUCUCCUAAAAUGUUGAUUUUGCUCUGAGGGGGAGCUUGGAAAUGACCAGAAAUCAAUCCUUUGGAGAUUAACAGAGUUGGAAAGGAUCUUGUAGGUCAUCUAGUCCAACCCCAUCCAAGUAGGAGACCCUACACCAUUUCUGACAAAUGGCAGUCCAAUCUCUUCUUGAAAGUCUCAAGUGAUGAAGCUCCCACAACUUCCAAAGGCAAGCUGUUCCAUUGGUUGAUUGUUCUGUCAGAAAAUUUCUCCUUAUUUCCAGGUUGAAUCUCUCCUUGUUCUGUUUCCAUUCCUCUAGAAACAACCAGAUAUAGACUGCCCUCUCAAAGUAUAAAUUGGAUUGUCCGAUAACUGUGUAGGGAUAUUUAAAUUAGAGCAAAUUAUCUGCAUAAAUUAAUGUCAUUUCUGUUUUAAAAUCUUGAUGCAAUAUUACUUGGGUUUUGCUAAGUUAGAUUUUUGUAACAAUGUUUUAUGAUUUGUCAUUGUCAGUAGGCUGCCUAUUGUUAACAAGAGUCUAAUACCAUUUAAUAUCAAUUGUAUACCCAAGGAAUAAGACCUUAAUAGGAUUCACUUUUAGCGGUAAGGUACAGGAUUCUGCUAUCAUGAAAGAAAAUUUAAAUAUAGAAUGCCUUCUUAUAUACAAAUUCUUUGCUUUUGGAAUAAAGAAUGUUUACUAUUAAAAAUGUACCUACUCUGGUAGAUUAA